CGCAGCCGAGCAGCGCCAUGGCUCCAGCGCUGGGUCUGGGGCUGCUCUGGGGGCUCGUGGGGCUCCUGGGGGACCCGGGGGGCGCGACCAAAGUUCUCCACUCCCUGCGUUACCUGCACGUGGCGGUGUCAGAGCCCAGCCCAGGGAUCCCCCAGUACAUGCAAAUGGGGUUCAUGGAUGGGAUCCCCUUUGUGCGCUACGACAGCGAGCAGGGCCGUCUGGAGCCGCUGACGCAGUGGAUGAAGGAUGGAGUUGAGCCAGGAUUUUGGGAGUGGCAGACCCGGAACAGUAUGAGGAACCAGCACAUGGAUGCCAAGAACCUGGAGACACUGCAGGAGCGAUACAACCAGAGCGGGGGUCUCCACACGAGGUUGCGAGUUUCCGGCUGUGACCUCCUGUCCGAUGGGAGCAUCCGUGGAUCCCACCAGAAUGCCUACGAUGGGCGGGAUUUAAUUUCCUUUGACCUGGAAUCCAGGAGAUUUGUGGCGGCUGACAGCGUUGGUGAGAUCAUCAGGAGGCGCUGGGAGCAGGAUGGGACCGUGGCUGAGUAUUGGAUUAAUUACUUGAAGCACGAAUGCCCCGAAUGGCUCCAGAAAUACAUCAGAUACGGGCAGAAGGAGCUGGAGCGCAAAGAGCCCCCUGAUGUCCAUGUGUCUGGAAAAGAGGAACACAGGACGCUGAUCCUAUCCUGCCACGCGUACGGAUUCUACCCCAACACCAUCGCAGUCAGCUGGAUGAAGGGGGGUGAAACCUUGGAUCAGGAGACGGAGUGGGGCGGGAUCGUUCCCAACAGCGACGGCACCUUCCACACCUGGGCCAGGAUCGAGGCGCUGCCGGAGGAGCAGGAGCAGUACCGGUGCAGGGUGGAGCAUCCCGGACUGCCAGAGCCUGGGAUCUUCGCUUGGGAGCCGACAUCUAGCGGGAAUCUCACCAUGGUGGUCUCUGUGUCCAUCAUCACUGCCAUCCUCAUCCUCAUUGUCGUCAUCGGAUUCGGCGUCUGGAAGCUCCAAUCCGGGAGGAGAGACAGGAAUGGAUACAACCCGGCAGCUGGAAGGGACAUGGGAACCAACAGCUUCAGCACAGGAAUCACUGCCUGAGUGAUCCAUGGAGCUGGAUCCGGCCCCUUCCCUCUUCCCAGGAAAGCUGAGAGCUGCCACCAGAUCUGAUCCUGCUGCUCCCACCCACCCCACAGGUCUUUCUAACGGAUUCAUUUCCAGUUUUCCAUUUCCCAGUGUUUUAAAGACAAGAACCACAAAUAUUUACAAUGCUUUAGUUCUGGUGUGAAAUUAUCCUGCUUUGGGCAAUAAAUCUACUUGUGGCAAUAAAUCCUGCUUUGGGCCAUGUCCUGGAUUGUCACGCAAACUGUAUUCUAUUUACCAUCUGUAUGGCAGUUGUUUUCUGUUAAGUAGGCAGUUUUCCUUAUCUCUUCUACAACCGGGGAGAUAUCUGUUGAUAACAGGCUACUGAAUGUCACUGCCUGACUGAUAAGAACUACAGCAUCCCAGUGUGAGAUGCUCUGCCCAGAGGGGAGAGCCAAGCAUUCCUACCUGGAUAUAAUCUUGAGGUUCUGGACCACCAGCAUGACUUUCUCCACUGCAUCCCCAGAGGAACAGCAGCUGCCUCUCCUUCCACUGGAUCUUAGAGGAAGACUGCACCUUUCUACAGGAUCCCUGCUCCAAUAGAACCACACCUGACACUCCAGGAGGACUGCAGCCACAUUUCCAAUGGGACUGCUACCAACAACCUGGCCAACAGUGUCAGGUUAAUAAGGUGAGGAAUUAAUGGAUUUUUAACUUCCACUGGAAGGCAAGCAUAUGGAUUCAGAGCUAUCACACCCUUACUGUAUGGGCCCAUCAAUGCCUUGCCCCAUGACUCAGAGAGAACUCCCUCCAGGAGCCAUUUCUGUUUGAUGGGCAAUCAAGGACCAAUCAUGACUCAGACCGAUAUCAGCCCAUUGGGAGAUGCUCUGCCCAGUGGGGAGGAGCUCAGCAUCCCCACCUGGAUAUCAUCUGGGCUUUGGGACAGAACAGGCAGCCCUUACCCACUGGUUUCCAGAGGACAAGAGCUGCCAGAUCUUUUCUACGGGAUCACCACAUCAACAAGACCGUUUCAUCUGGACUGCCACCACCACCCUAACUAGCAGGGUGUCCGGUUUUAUUCUGACUCUGUCAGUGGUUCCAUUUUGUACUAUUGCAUG